GGCCAGUCUCAUUUGCUUCCGCCAUACUGCAGCUGGACGCGUUUAAAAAAUCACAAUGAAAAUUCGUGACCAGUUUUUAUUUAUCUUUUUCGCAACCAUAUGUCGAAUCGGUGUGGCAUCUCCUAGCAGACGUGAAACAGACGACUUAGAUGUCGAUAAUAACUACUCUGAUGCAAAUUAUUCGCCUAGAUCAAGCUACGCUAAUGCUGGGGCUGGUAGCUACGCUAGUAGUGGUGCAGUUAGUUAUGGGGAAGCAAUAGGCUAUGGCAAUGGAGGAGGAAUAGCAGGGGCAGGAACGGGGGCAACUGGAGGGGACUCAGUUAGAGAUGUAGCCUAUGCACCCGCCCAUGGAGGCGGAGGUGCUGGUGCCUAUGGAGGAGGAAGUGCAGGUGCAUAUGGCAGCGGAAGUGCAGGUGCCUAUGGCGGCGGAACUGCAGGUGCCUAUGGCGGCGGAAGUGCAGGUGCCUAUGGCGGUGGAAAUGCAGGUGCCUAUGGCGGUGGAAAUGCAGGUGCCUAUGGCGGUGGUGGUGCAGGUGCCUAUGGCGGUGGUGGUGCAGGUGCUUAUGGCGGUGGAGGUGCAGGUGCCUAUGGCGGUGGUGGUGCAGGUGCCUAUGGCGGUGGUGGUGCAGGUGCCUAUGGCGGUGGUGGUGCAGGUGCCUAUGGCGGUGGAGGUGCUAGCGCCUAUGGCGGUGGAGGUGCUAGCGCCUAUGGCGGUGGAGGUGCUGGCGCUUAUGGUAGUGGAGGUGCUGGGGCCUAUGGCGGUGGAAGUGCUGGUGCUUAUGGCAGUGGAGGUGCUGGCGCUUAUGGUAGUGGAGGUGCUGGGGCCUAUGGUGGGGGAAAUGCUGUUGGUUAUGGUAGUGUAGGUGCUGGGGCCUAUGGCGCUGGAAGUGCUGGCGCUUAUGGUAGUGGAGGUGCUAGGGCACAUGGCGGUGGAAGUGCUGGCGCCUAUGGCACUGCAGGUGCUGGUGCCUAUGGUGGUGGAGGUGCUGGUGCUAAUGGCGGUUCUGAUCUAAUCCAACCCUAUGGACUUGCUGGGGCUGGUGGAUAUAGUGGCGGUGCUGGCAGUUCUAGUUUUGUUGGAGGUGGUGUCACUAGUUUUGGUGGAGCUACAGCUUCCAGUUUAUCUUCGAGCUACGCUGGUGCCGAAGCAGCUGCUUAUUCAGGUUUUGUGUAAUAUAGCACUACAAUACAAAUCGCGACGAUAGCAAAAGCAGUAGGCCAGUAUAAUAAAGUCAUUAAAAUUAUUAUAGUAAAAAUCUUUGUUCAGACAGUAUAAAUAAAAAUAAAUAAACAAUCAAAA